AUGGGAGGUGAAGGAGAAGAUCUAGAGCCACUUUUCGAUUAUCACCGUGUUCAGCCAGCGAAUUUCGUUUGCAUUGACGACGACGACGAUUCCGAUGUCUCGGAGGUGCCUAUUCCGAAGAAAGCCAAAACUUCCCAAAAAGUUGCAAAGGAAGAUGAAGAAGUGAAAGUCAUUGAAGUGGCGGCAGAUGAUGAUUGGCUUCUUCCUCCUCCUAAAGUCAUCUUCAAUAAAGAGUCUGGUGAAGAUUCCACCAUUAAAGCAUUGAGGUCGAAGAAGAUGGAGCUCUUGUCAUUCACAAAAAACGUAGCAAACGUGAUGCAGGAAGUCGAGGAGUCUGCUAAAAGAGAAGUUGAAGUAUCACUAAGACCACAACUUUCAGAGGCUGAUGAUACUCAGGCACAACCAGAACCAGUGCCUAAUGACCGAGCCAAGAUUGUCAUUACUAUACAGGAUAAGAAAGAACAGAACAAAUUUCGGGUGUAUGCGGAUGAGAAGUUUGAGCGGCUAUUCAAAAUGUAUUCGGAUAAAGCUAACCUUGAGCCGCAGAAUCUUGUAUUUAUAUUUGACGGUGACAAGAUUGAUCCAUCGACAACUCCUUCUAGUCUUGAGAUGGAGGAUGGUGAUAUGAUUGAAGUGCACCCCAAGAAGAGAUGA